UUUUAACCGCUUUGACACCCCAUUUUCUCAUCUCCCCCGAACCUCAUUGGCUUGCUGCGAGAAACGGAUGAGCACUGGCCCGCUAACGUUUGGGAUAUUAUAACUUUGAUCGGAUAGGCAUGUUCUCGAUUUACGAGUUGCUUGUGGCCUUCUUCUCUCUCGCCCUUCGGGGUUUCUUUCGGGAGGUGAAGAGUCGCGGCUCCCACAAAAUUCCACCCAGCGGUCCGGUUAUUUUUUGCGUCGCACCUCAUGCCAACCAGUUUGUUGACCCUCUCAUGCUCCUUACCAACUGUGGACGCCGUGUUGGAUUUCUGGCCGCGAAGAAGAGCAUGGACAAGCCACAUAUUGGCAUCCCAGCCCGGAUCAUGGGAGCGAUCCCAGUUGUCCGACCUCAGGAUUUGGUGAAAGCCGGCAAAGGCAAGAUAUACAUGGAUACGGAAAAUCCCUUGAUUUUGAAAGGCAUUGACACCGAAUUCACGCGGGUGCUCCACUUCCGGGCGUUGAUCAAACUCCCACAAGAGGCUGGCGCGUUUGAAGUUGUUGAGGUUCUUUCAGACACGGAAGUCAAAAUCAAACGUGCGGUGGAGGGCAAAGAAGCGGUGGCCCUCCUUUCAUCGGAGGGCGGGACGUCGUAUAAAGUGAUCCCGCAUGUAGAUCAAGCAGAUAUGUUUAACGCCGUAACGGAGCGAUUGGAAAGGGGAGAUUGUGUUGGAAUCUUUCCAGAAGGAGGUUCUCAUGAUCGGCCGGAACUUCUACCUCUAAAAGCGGGUGUUACAAUAAUGGCCCUCGGAGCAAUGUACAAAAAUCCUGACCUCAACGUCCAAAUUGUACCCGUUGGGUUGAAUUAUUUCCAUGCUGACAAGUUCCGAUCUCGUGCCGUCAUCGAAUUCGGAGAUCCAAUCCAGGUCCCCAGUGAAUUAGUGGCACAAUAUGGCAAAGGCGGUCCGGAGAAGCGUGCAGCCUGUGCGAUUCUAUUAGACACCAUUUACACAAGUCUAAAGGCUAUUACCACAACGGCCCCCGAUUAUGAUACGUUGAUGGUAAUCCAAGCGGCCAGGCGCCUGUACAAACCCCCGCACAAGCGUCUCAACCUGGAUCAAACUCUGCUACUGUCUCGUCGUUUUACUGAAGGCUACCUGAAAUACAGAAAUGACCCACGCGUUCAAGAUCUCACUGGUCGCGUUCUUGAGUAUAAUCGUCUUCUCUCUUAUUACGGCAUUCGGGACCAUCAAGUCCAGCGAACAGCUGUUGGACGUUUAUGGGCUUUGAGUCGGUUGCUGGCUCGUGUCAUCGAACUUCUUGUUUUCGCAUUUUUUGGGCUUCCAGGUCUCGUUCUUACAGCUCCUAUCUGGCAUACUGCCAGACGCGUUGCGGCUGCUAAGAUGGUUGAGGCAAAGGCAGGGUCCAGCGUCAAAAUUUGGGGCAAAGACGUUGUUGCAACGUGGAAGGUGCUAACGGCCGUGUUCUUGAUUCCUGUGUUCUGGUUCUUGUACACGUUGACGUCAUUCCUGGUGUCAUAUUUCAUUCUUGAUCUUGGUCGUCGUCCCAGUUUGAUAGUCACUGCUGUCAUUGCGACCGCCAUUCCGCUCCUCACCUGGGCAACAAUUCAUUGUUACGACCAUGGCGCCGACAUCUUCAAAUCCCUUCGGCCACUUUGGAUGGCUGUGGUGGCGGGAUCCUCGGCUCAACCCCUUCGUGAUAUGCGGCAGGAUUUGGCGGAGCGCAUUGCGAGGGGAAUUGACGAAUUGGGCCCGGAAUUAUAUGGACCCGACUUUCACAGUACACGUAUCGUCAGGGCGGAGGACGUUGACUAUGGUUUGCGGUUGUCACAAAAGCUGCGGAGGGGAGAAGGUUUCCAAACACAGGAUUUCCGAUGGGAUGAAGUGGAUGAGCGCGAGUUUUCUGAUGACGUAUUUCUGUUCAAAGACGAAACACGGGGUGUUGUUCAGGGCGUAUGGGGGGAUGUUAGGCAGAGACGAGCUCGCUCGCUGUAGCCAAGCUGGGCAGAGGGUUAGCUGUUUACGGAUGCUAGUCAAAACGUUCUGAUACUUGGGAGGAGAUAGUGAAGCGGAUACUUCAUCUGAAGCUAGAGUAUGCAUGUCCCAACCGUAUUCAUAUCCUCCCAAUGCAAUAUUCAUAAAAUCUUCUCGUUGUGCUCGAGUGCUGAUGGAGGUCGUUAGAACAUUUUAUGGCUGUUAUUUUGCCAAUAAUAUUUACAAUAGUGUUUGACAGGGCCUAAAGUAGAAUUUCCUCCCCGACAAAUUAGAGUAUACUAAUAUUUACAUCAAAG